CAUGGCGGUGGGCCUAAAUUAAUUUUCCGAUUCGGUUUGAUUUUGAAAACCAACCUUAUUCACUCCUACAAUAAAAGAACUUAAAAUCUUAAUUUGAAAACAUCUGUCAAAUUCACUUCGGGCACGGAUUGAUCUUUGAGAUUGACAACGUCAGUCAACCAACACAUCAAAAAAAAGCAAUAAAAAUGGACAAGAAUACUUAAAUCACUUAAAAAUCAUGUCUAAAACAAACAUGUAAUUCCAUAAGCAACAGUCUUAUGUAAAUCUCCCAACGGCUAGCUAUCACCAUGGGGAAAUAUUUGGGAAUGGAUCACCCAACCGCCAGCUUCCCCUAUACAAUACCUAAGAGGCUGAAUGCUCUAAGCAGGCCACGAAAAGGUUUCAUUGAAGCCUCGGAUGGACCUGGCUACACACAAUCUGGGAUCAGAAAAUCCGCCUUAAAUGGACAACCUUCCGAUAGAAUUAAUGAUAUCGCAUGGCCAUGGCUCAGGCGUUUGAUGCUAGUCAAAAAGAUGUACAGAAACAAAUUCGAUCAAGAACGUCUGGAAAAACUUGACCGAAUGAUUGAGGCGAGUAAUGCGACCCUCUACUCAAAGUUAGCCAACUGUACCGUAGACCUAAAGAAGCCGCAGGAAGGUAAAGAAAUAAAGAAGAAAAAAGGAUGGUCUGAGAGUGAUUGGAAGAAACACGUGGAUUAUCUUGCAAUGGUUGCUGCACCUAAAAGAGAGUUCCCACCACCGCCUGUAAAGCGUGGCAAGUCCGUGCCCCUUGAAGCCCUGUUGCCAAGGAUCAAAGAGAUAUCGUCUCCGGCUGAUUUCAAAUGCUACAGGAGACAGUCGAAGGAAGUGUGGUACAAGGAUCCAAUUAAGGUACAACCCGCUGCCCUGAAGUACCAAAUCACAGAUCGAACUAAGAAGCUAGCCGCUCCGAGGAGUUUACAUGAUGGCUGAAAAGCAUCACUAGUGAAUACCUACUGUCAUUUUCAUCAACCUACCGUAUCAAUCGUACACGUGUGAAUACUGCUAAAGUGAAGUGAAGUUAUUGACUAGGAACGAAGCAUCUGUAUAACUUGUCUAUCCAUAACCAAACCAAACAAUAUUCUCAUAGAUAAACAUGCUUCAAACUACAAAAGCAUUUAAUUUUUGUUAGCAUGCUACGGAAAUCGGAUUUGACGAAGCUAGUCUUCAUAAACAUCAAUGUUUUCACGUUGAAGAUAAGUCGAAAAUAAAGACUAUUCAGUACACACCAAAGUAAUCUGGUAGGCUAAUUGGUUUUCUACCCAAUUUCGACAUGUCUAAAGUUGAUAUUUACAAAGCAGCUCCAGCCUUCGUUAGAUCUUCGCAGGCUUGGUCUGAAUAUAAUUAGUAUACUAAGUAGAAGUUGUGUGAGAUCAAUAUAUAUUUUAAGACGAAAGUUUUUUAAGAACAGUUCUGUUGUUUUAUUUG